CUGCCUAUAUAAAGAGUCCGCGGUGGCGCCGUGAAAUUGCUGAGAUAUUCGAAUGAUCUGAGAUAUUUCUGGGAUAUUUCAAUAUCUGUGGCACAGCCUAGGCGUGGAAGAUCCAAGGCUCAAACUGUGUCUGCGCAAUAAGAGCACCAAGACGUUGUUCGCGCUACAAGAGAUCGAGACGCUUUUCACUUGCCCUUUGGGAUCAAACCAGCGUGAAGGCUCCGAAGGGAAGGCUGCGGUUUGCCACCUAUUGGCUCUUCCCGCCUGAUGCGCUCGCUCUGCUGCUGGUGGUUUUUAUUCCCAGCUGGGGAAACCGAGGCGCAGCGAUUGCGCCGAAGUCACACAGGGCAGAGCUGGGACGAGAGCGGCGCGCUGCUCGCGUCCCGGCCUGCGAUGGAACUUCCCAGCAGACAGCUGCGGGAAGCCGCUCUGAAGAGAGAUCCCCGUGACAGCGUCCCCGGGCUGCGCUAGCGAUCAUGGAGGAUACUACUUUGCAAAUUAUCGAGCCACCAACUGCUUCCGAGGCCUCCGAGGAGCAAACGCCCGAAGAACCCAUCAAAUCAGACCAGAUCAACGGCGUGAUGGUGCUGACCCUUCUGGACAAGAUCAUCGGGGCAGUGGAUCAGAUCCAGCUGACCCAAACCCAGUUGGAGGAGAGACAGCAAGAGAUGGAUAGCGCAGUGACCAGCAUCCAAGGAGAGCUAACCAAGCUGACGAAGGCGCACACCACCACCAGUAACACCGUGAACAAGAUGCUGGAAAAAGUGCGCAAGGUGAGCGUCAACGUGAAGACGGUUCGGCAGAACCUGGAGAAGCAGGCUGGGCAGAUAAAGAAGCUGGAGGCCAACGAAGCGGAGCUCUUGAAACGCAGGAAUUUCAAAGUCAUGAUCUACCAGGAUGAAGUGAAGCUCCCCUCGAAGCUGAGCAUCAGCAAGUCCCUGAAGGAGGGUGAAAAGCAAGAGAAGGAAGGCGAGGGUGAGGAGGUGCCGGCUGGUGAGGACCACGCGGAGGAGGAUCACAUCCAGCUCUCCUCGGAUGAGGAGGUGGAGAUCGAGGAGAUUAUCGAGGAGUCAAGGGCAGAGCGCAUCAAAAGGAGCGGCAUGAAGAGAGUGGAUGACUUUAAGAAGGCCUUCUCAAAGGAGAAGAUGGAGAAGACUAAGCUAAAGACCAAGGAAAACCUGGAGAAGACCCGCCACAACUUGGAGAAGACCCGCCACAACCUGGAGAAGAGGAUGAACAAACUGGGCACCAAGAUUGUGACUAACGAGAGGAGAGAGAAGAUGAAGACCUCUCGGGACAAGCUGAGGAAGUCCUUCACCCCCGACCACACCAUCUACGCCAGGUCCAAGACGGCCGUCUACAAAGUGCCACCCUUCACUUUCCACGUCAAGAAGAUAAGAGAGGGCGAGGUGGAAGUCAAAGCCACGGAGCUGGUGGAGGUUGGCGGAGAGGAGGGAGAAAACUCGGAUCUGAUGCGCGGGGAGAGCCCCGAGAUGCACACGCUGCUGGAGAUCACGGAGGAGUCCGACGCGGUACUGGUGGACAAGAGUGACAGUGAGUAGGACCCGCGGCAGCGCGGAAGGGUUGCGGACGGACGGCUGAACACGGAACCAGUCACAUUUUGAGAUCUCUCCGCCCCGGUGCCCCGGGGGAAGUGUACACCAUGCAUCUUUACUACCCUGCAGAGCCGACGCCAAUCCCCUGCCUGCUAGGACGAGGUGUAUUUUAUAUUUUAGUUUUAGCACACAGGAACACGGGACUGUUUUUUCUUACACACGUCAAAAUCACCCUCGGAGACCAUUCCUGCCACAGGCUGCGUGAGAGCCCUCCAGCCACCGGCCCUGAAGACGAGCUCUGAGCGACGGGGACCCAGCCCAGCUGGAGAGUGCUAAAACCAAGAUGAUAACGGCUGUACACCUGCAAAACCCAAGCGCCCUCUGUGAGCAAAGCCCUGGUGUCAAGAAAGCUUCGUGCCAAGCAGCCUGCCCAGCCCACCGGACCCCGGCUCCCCGUGCCAGGCCGAGCGGGCAGCAAGCCUCCGCUCUGCGGGGCAGAGGAUCUGCGACGCGCCCCGCACGCGGGAGGGGAGAACCGAGCGAAUCCUGGGGAUUUGCAGAGCGAAGGCGAAGCUGAGCGAGCCCCGCGGCACGCAGGCGGGUCUGCUCCGCUCUCCCCUCCCGAGGACCGGGCGGUGCCGGGACAGGCUCACCCCGAAGCCCGGCUGCCACCACGUCCCACAGACCGCGCCUGCCGCUGCUCCCCGCGCCGCUGCCGUUGCAGGGGCAGGGUGGGCGCCCGUUCCCGGGCUUGGGGUAAAGGUCUGCCUGCCAAAACCCUCCCCGGGGCAGGGAGCACGCGGAGCUGGGGCGCCGCGUCCCCCCUCCGCGGUGGCAGCGGGCAGCGAGGUGCCUGCUCGCUGGCCGGGGAGAGGGUGAACGCAGGCGGCGGUGCCGGAGAACCCAGCACCAGGUGAAAUUCGUUGCCAGAAGGCAUUUGGGAUGUGCCGGUGCCUCGCCAGGCACUCGACCAUCAGGGAGCAGCCUCGACACCUUGAGUAUUCCUCAGCCCCUGCUUCCUCCAGGGGUCCCGGCGCGGCUCAGGCUCGCACCCCCCGCCCUCGCGCUUUCCCUCCCCGUUUCCUGCUUCCCGCCGGCUUCGCUCCGUCCCCCGCAGCACGGCAGCGCUCGGAUCGAUCGCGCCCCGCGGCUCCCCCCGGGGCUGCCACGCUCCGGCUCUCACGCACGCAGCCAGCGCCGCAGCAUCGCCCCGGCCCCGCAGGAGCCGGCGGGAGGGCAGGAGGCCGCUCGCUCGCCUCGGCAGCUUCGCCCCGGGGAGCUGCGGACGCACGUGGGGACGCCGGGGCUGCUCCCGGCAGGCGGGCGAGGGAGGCGUUGGGCCGUGCUCAGCACCGGGGCUCAGCACCUCCCGGCGGUGCCGCCGCUUCCCUUCCCGGCCCGCUCCUCCCCAGGAGCAGGGAGGGCUGCUGCCGCUGGCCCGACUAAAUAUAUAAACUUGCUUUUCCUCUC